UUCUCUUUUUCGUUAUUAACUUUCUAGUUUCUAACCUUUUUUUGCAGCCCUACAGUUGCCGUGGGCUGUUAUAAAUUCUCCCAUAUUAGCAUUUUUUUACAAGAUAUUUGCUAGGAAUUACAACUUGGGACUAAAAGUACAUUGUGGUAUCUUUAACUCCUCUAAACAAAGGCAAAUAUAGUUCUCAAAAGCCCAAAAGCAAGACUAUAAUAAUUCCAUGCUUAGACUGUAAAGCAUGUAGUUUAUGCUUUCUAUAAUAUGCUGUAAUUAAGAUAUGACGAAUGUGGAUGAAAGUAAUAGUAAAACAAUUUUUUGGCCAAGGUGUCUAAUUGCGUAUCUGUGCUCACUUAAAGCUUUGUUUUGGCAAGGAAAGAAAUCAGUCUUCCAUCUAGCUCAGUCAAUAUGAGCUAACCAAACCGGUCUGAAACUUGCUAGGUUUCUUGCUCAAGACAGACAAUAUGUAGUGUGUGUUGGGCAAAAAUGGAACUAGUACCUUUCCAGUUUAAUCUGUGUAUAGAACUGUAUAUUUAAAGUUAGUGCUACCUAUGUUUCUUUUUUAAGAAAUAAAAUACUUAAAAAUGAGCGUACAGGCUAGUCUGUUUUUUACUUGCAUGAGAAUUAGAGUUACUCUCAAUUGGAACUGAGUUAUAUUCUUCACUCAUGGUGAUAAUUCUUUGCCUGUCACAUUAGGAAGGAAGAUUGCAAGAAGUAAUUGAAAACCUUCUCUCCUUGGAAAAGCAAACACGAACGGCGUCUGACAUGGUCUCUACAUCCCGUAUCUUAGUUGCUAUAGUGAAAAUGUGUUAUGAAGCUAAAGACUGGGAUGCUCUUAAUGAAAAUAUUAUUCUUCUAUCAAAGAGAAGAAGUCAGUUAAAACAGGCAGUUGCUAAAAUGGUCCAGCAGUGCUGCACUUACGUUGAAGACAUCACAGACUUACCAGUCAAACUGCGCUUAAUUGACACGUUGCGUAUGGUUACAGAAGGAAAAAUAUAUGUGGAAAUUGAACGUGCUCGCCUGACAAAGACACUUGCAACAAUAAAAGAACAGAAUGGUGAUGUGAAAGAGGCUGCCUCUAUUCUGCAAGAAUUGCAGGUGGAAACCUAUGGUUCAAUGGAAAAGAAAGAACGUGUAGAAUUUAUCUUGGAGCAGAUGAGACUCUGUCUAGCUGUGAAAGAUUACAUUCGGACUCAAAUCAUCAGCAAAAAAAUUAAUACAAAAUUUUUUCAAGAAGAAAACACAGAAAAACUAAAGUUGAAAUACUACAACUUAAUGAUCCAGCUGGAUCAACAUGAAGGCUCCUACCUCUCCAUCUGCAAGCACUACAGAGCCAUUUAUGAUACUCCAUGUAUCCAGGCUGAAAGUGAAAAGUGGCAGCAGGCACUGAAGAGCGUUGUUCUUUAUGUUAUUCUUUCACCUUAUGACAACGAACAAUCUGAUUUGGUGCACAGAAUUAGUAGUGACAAAAAGCUAGAAGAAAUCCCGAAGUAUAAAGACCUCCUAAAACUAUUUACCACCAUGGAAUUGAUGCGAUGGACUGCCCUAGUUGAAGAAUACGGGAAAGAAUUGAGAGAAGGAUCCCUUGACAGUCCUGCAACAGAUGUUUUUGGCUGUACAGAGGAAGGUGAAAAGAGAUGGAAAGAUUUAAAGAAUAGAGUUGUGGAACAUAAUAUUAGAAUAAUGGCUAAAUAUUAUACCAGAAUUACAAUGAAGAGAAUGGCACAGCUCCUGGAUCUGUCCGUAGAUGAAUCGGAGGAGUUCCUGUCUAACCUAGUAGUUAAUAAGACCAUCUUUGCUAAAGUAGACAGGCUGGCUGGUAUUAUCAAUUUUCAGAGGCCCAAGGACCCAAACAAUAUACUCAAUGACUGGUCUCACAAGCUCAACUCACUAAUGGCCCUAGUUAACAAAACCACACAUCUCAUUGCCAAAGAGGAGAUGAUACAUAACCUGCAGUAAGGUGCCUCAGUAAUCUCAGUGCUUUUAAAGAAGGCAUUAAAUCUUCAUAAUAGAGACUAUUAUUACAGUGUGUAUAUGGUUUGUUUUCUCCCUGUCAAGCCUUCCUGGUCUAAAAUUUAGAACAUAAUUCUGAAAUUCCUGUUGACAAUUAAGUUCCCUUGAUUAUUCAUUCAGUUGUUAAAUGUUUUUGCUACAAUUGGUGAAAGAACAUAAUAAAACGGUAUUGCCUGUACAAUAGUAGUCUUGUGAUUUCUU